CGAUCCGGCCAACAUGGACCCCGCAGACCUGGAUUCCAGAACGGUCUCAGUUCAGCAAGCAGUCACUCAGCAGGGGAUUUUGCUGGGCCAACAUGACUCCAAUAUCCGAACACUGAUCUCCGCUAAUCAGACGCUCACCCAGCAGGUCUCCUCGCUCACGGCUCAGCUGACCACGUUACAGGGCGCAGCGGCUCCGCCUGUUCAGCCAAUCAGCCCGGUCCCGGAACCGCUCAACCUCAGGAUCUCCAGGCAGUCACUCCUGAACCGUUUUCAGCUUCGCCGAAUCCUGAUGGCCCAGGUCCCGAGUCCUCGAACGUGCAGCCCCCCGAGGAGCCCACCGUCAGAUCCGUGCAGGGAGAAGAUGAUCUGCAAGAUACUGCUGCUCCUCAUCCUCAUCUCAUCUGUCUGUGCAGCAACAUUUGUAGUGAAUGUGACACAGAGCUCCUAUCAGGCAGAGGAGAACCACAACAUCACUCUGGAGUGGACCUUCACCACCAAACCUGACAUCUCCUGGAGGUCCCUGUUUAUCAUCUGUAACCUAAUAACUGAUCACAGAGUCUUCACCCUGUAUCAUGUCCAUGAUGGAGUUGAGGUACCAGAGUCUCAGGAUGAAAAGUUUGCAGGACGAGUCCAGAGUGACAAAGACGUCCUCAGAGAAGGACGAAUCAGACUUCAUGUGUCCAGACUCAGAACUAAUGAUUCUGGUCUGUAUGUGUGUGAUGUGAAGACAGAUUACGGCUUCAGCUCUGAAAAAUAUCAACUGAACGUUACCGGAGAGUUAAGAGAGAAAACAACUUUCUAUCAGGCAGAGGAGGACGACACCAUCACCAUCAGAUGGGACAGCCAGAACCAAACAGACAUGUCUCUCACCAACAUCAUCUGUUUUCUUCUCUCAAAACCUGAGAAAGUUUUCUAUAAACUGAUUGAUGGUGUUGAGCUUCCAGAGUUUCAGCAUCAGCAGUUUUCAGGACGAGUUCAGUGUGACAGAGACGCUCUCAGAGAAGGACGAGUCACACUUCAUCUGUCCAGAGUCACAGCUGAAGACUCUGGAAGGUACCGGUGUGAAAUGAAUAAUUAUAACAAGAAGUUAAGUCGAUGGGAGCUUCAGGCUGAGUUUAAUUUUGUUCUGAAUGUGACCCCAAGACCUCACAAAGAAAGCACAACGUCUGGACCGAUACCUGGAAAAGCUGCAGAAAAACCAAAGGAUAAAACAUCACUUGGUACAAUCCUGUUGUUAUCUCUACCAUCUAUAGUUUUAAUUGCAGUUUUUAUGUAUGUGUUAGUAGGGACGGCAUACUUUGGUUCCUAA